CGAAGAGGUUUUUUUAGGUUUUCGAAAAUUCAAAUUACAAAAGUAAUCCAUCCCGCUGCUCUAUAGAAAUAUAUUUCCCGAUCCAGUUCCAGUGUCAGUUGCUUUAUCUGUAAAAAGCAAAAAAGAGAUGAGAGGCGGAGCCGCGGGAAAGAGAAGAACGACGGUGGGUUUCGGCGGAGCGCCGCCGCCACCUCCACCAUCAAUCGAGCAACAACGUCACCUCUUUAACUCAAGAGACUCCGACGCCAGUUUCGCCAGCAGCCGUCCUUCAUCAAUCGGUUUAGGCGGCCGAGGAGCCUCCGAUGACAGAUCUUCGAUGAUUCGAUUCAUUAACGCCUUCCUCUCCACACAUAACUUCCCGAUCUCUAUCCGCGGUAAUCCUGUUCCUUCUGUCAAAGACAUCUCCGAAACCCUAAAAUUCUUGCUCUCAGCUUUAGAUUACCCUUGCGAUUCCAUCAAAUGGGACGAGGAUCUCGUCUUCUUUCUCAAAUCGCAGAAAUGUCCUUUUAAGAUCACCAAAUCUAGCCUCAAAGCUCCAAAUACGCCUCACAAUUGGCCUACUGUUCUCGCCGUUGUUCACUGGUUAGCUGAGCUUGCUCGUUUCCAUCAACAUCUAGUAUCUAAUUCCACCUCCGUACCCGAAGAUAACUCCAUGAAUUUCUUCGCGAUUCAAAGCUUUGGUCACUUCAUUCGCGGCGAGGAUGAUAAGGUUAACGAUUUAGAUUCUCAAUUUUUGGGUAAAUUGGAAGCGGAGAAGACUAGCGUCGCUGAAACUAUCUCUGGUUGUGAGAAAAUCUCCGGUGAAUUGGAGGCUAAACUUGAGUCACUGAGGAAAGGUCCUUCGAAGAAAGAGUCUCUGGAGAAAGUUAAAGCCGAUUUGGAGAAUGACGUAAACAAGUUCCGAACUAUUGUUGUGGAGUAUACUGAUAGGAAUCCAGCGAUGGAGAAAGUUGUGGAGGAGAAAGCUAAGGAGCUCAAAGCUAAGGAAGAAGAGAGAGAGCGAAUCUCUGUAGAGAAUAAGGAGUUGAAGAAGAGUGUGGAGCUUCAGAACUUUAGCGCGGCGGAUGUAAAUAGGAUGAGAAGAGAGUUACAAGCUGUGGAAAGAGAUGUUGCGGAUGCUGAGGUUGCUAGAGAUGGUUGGGAUCAGAAAGCUUGGGAACUCAAUUCACAGAUUAGGAAUCAGUUUCAUCAGAUUCAGACACUUGCCAUUGACUGCAACCAAGCUCUCAGGAGAUUGAAGCUUGAUAUUCAGUUCGCUGUUAACGAGAGAGGGGAAACACCUGCAGCGGUGAUGGGUGUGGAUUAUAAAUCGGUGGUGAAGCCAGCUCUGUGUUCGUUGUGCGAUGGGAUCAAAGGAAGCUCGGCGGAGAAAGUGGAGGAAUUGGUCACUUUACAGCACCAUAAGUCUGAAAUGGCUUCGAAGAUCGAAUCCAAAAGGAGUCUUCUUGGGUCAAUUCAGUUGCAGAUCAAUGACCUCGAAGAAAAGAUGAAGUUGGUGAAGAAGGAAACUCAGGAGUUGAGUACAAAAUGUGAUUUGGAGGCGAAAACAUUGGUUGAGAGUGUGAAAGCUGAGGCUUUGAAUCUGGAGGUUGUGGAGAAAGAAGCUGCUGAGUUUGUAAAAGCUUCGGAGCUUAGAUUGCAAGAAGCAGUGAAGGAGAGUGAAGAGGAGGUCCAAGCAUGUGCUGCACAACUCUUUGCACUUAUCGAUUCGAUAUCGAAACAGAAAGAGUACAUGGAUUCGAAGAUAUCGGAGAUCAAAACCGGUGUUGCUGAUACUGCCAGUGCUGUUUCAGAGAUAUACAAAGCCAACUUCAAGAAGAACCUUGGUAUCUAGUGGUUGGAAUCAACUGAGCCAAGAGAUUGUUAAAAGCGUGAGUAAUUCCUAUUGCUUUUGUUCACAUAGUCGUAUUAGCAUCUAUGUGUGGUAUGUAU